AUGGCGGCGGGGGCAUCGUAUGAUCAGCUGCUGAGGCAGGUGGAGGUGCUAAAGAUGGAGAACUCCAACCUGCGACAGGAGCUGCAGGACAACUCCAACCACCUCACCAAACUGGAGACCGAGGCCUCCAACAUGAAGGAGGUGCUGAAGCAACUUCAGGGCACCAUAGAAGAAGACUCGGAAGAGGCUUCCGGCUCUCAGCUGGAGCUCAUCGUCAGACUGAAAGAGAUGAGCCUGGAAGCUGGCGGAUUUAAGGCUAGGGCGAGGCCUCCGCCGCCACCCUCCUCGUCGGGCGGGGCGGCCGCUGCUCCCGGGGUUUCGGGCGCGUCGGCCAGUCGCAGAGGGCCGCCGCCGUCCGCACCCAGAGACGGUCACGAGCGCUGCCUGGAGGAGCUGGAGAAGGAGAGAGCUCUCCUAUUGGCCGAGUUGGAGAAGGAGGAGAAGGAGAAAGACUGGUACUAUGCUCAGCUCCUCAACCUGACCAAGAGGAUCGACAGUCUGCCUCUUAGCGAAAACUUCACGCUGCAGACAGACAUGAGUCGACGCCAGCUGGAGUUCGAGGCUCGCCAGAUCCACGCCGCCAUGGAGGAGCAGCUGGGCUCCCGUCAGGAAAUGGAGAAGCGAGCCGAGGCUCGGACGUCUCGAAUUCACCAGAUCGAAAAGGACGUCGUCAAGUUGCGGGCUCGACUGCAGGCGGACGCCACUCAAGUCUCCGGCGACAGUGUCGGAGGAGGGCCGGCGGCCUCGCAGAGCCCCGCCGCUCGAUCGGACCAUGAGCCGGCCGGCGAUACUGCCUACUCAGUGCCUCGACGAAUCACCAGCCACCUUGGAACAAAGGUGGAGAUGGUGUACAGCCUCCUGUCCAUGCUGGGGACGCACGACAAGGACGACAUGUCCCGCACGCUAUUGGCAAUGUCCAGCUCGCAGGACUCGUGCAUUGCCAUGCGGCAGUCCGGCUGCCUGCCGCUGCUCAUCCAGCUGCUGCAUGGCAACGACAAGGACUCGCUGUUGCUAGGAAAUUCACGUGGCAGCAAGGAGGCUCGCGCCCGUGCCUCAGCCGCGCUGCACAACAUUGUGCACAGUCAGCCGGACGACAAACGGGGACGGCGGGAGAUCCGGGUGCUCCACCUGCUGGAGCAGGUGCGCCAUUACUGCGAGGCCUGCUGGAGCUGGCAAGAGAACCACGAGAGGGGCGCGGACCAGGAAGAAAACCCCAUGCCCUCGCCCGUCGACCAUCAGAUCUGUCCCGCCGUCUGCGUCCUCAUGAAGUUGUCCUUCGACGAAGAACAUCGCCACGCCAUGAAUGAACUCGGUGGUCUGCAGGCAGUGGCGGAGCUGCUGCAGGUGGACUGCGAGAUGUUGGGUCUGAGCGGUGACCACUACAGCGUCACGCUGAGGCGAUACGCCGGCAUGGCGCUCACCAACCUGACCUUCGGAGACGUGGCCAACAAGGCCACGCUGUGUUCCAUGAAGGGCUGCAUGCGCGCCAUGGUCACCCAACUCAAAUCCGAGAGCGAAGACCUGCAGCAGGUGAUCGCCAGCGUGCUCAGGAACCUGUCGUGGCGAGCCGACGUCAACAGCAAGAAGACGCUGCGGGAGGUGGGCAGCGUGCGGGCGCUCACAGGCUGCGCCCUGGACGUCCAGAAGGAGUCCACUCUGAAAUCUGUGCUAAGCGCGCUGUGGAAUCUGUCUGCGCACUGCACGGAGAACAAAGCCGACAUCUGCUCAGUGAGCGGUGCGCUGGCCUUUUUGGUGGGCACACUGACGCACCGCAGCCACACUAAUACGCUGGCCAUCAUUGAGAGCGGGGGCGGCAUCCUCAGGAACGUCUCCAGCCUCAUCGCCACUAACGAGGCCUAUAGACACGUCCUGCGCGAGCACGGCUGCCUGCCCACGCUGCUGCAGCACCUCAAGUCCCACAGCCUGACCAUCGUCUCCAACGCUUGCGGGACACUGUGGAACCUGUCGGCGCGUGACGCCAAGGACCAGGAGGCUCUGUGGGAGCUAGGCGCCGUGGGAAUGUUGCGCAAUCUCAUCCACUCCCGCCACAAGAUGAUCGCCAUGGGCAGCGCCGCCGCAUUGCGCAACCUGACGGCCAACCGGCCGGCCCGCUACAAGGACGCAAGCGUGCUGUCGCCGGGGGCCGGGGCGCCCUCGCUGCACGCCCGCAAACAGAAGAAUCUCUAUAAAGAGCUAGAGGAAACCCAGCAGCUGUCAGAGACCUUCGACAACAUCGAUAACCUCAGCCCAAAGGCGGCGCACAGGAAGGGGCGGGGCUGCAAUGGCGUUGCGGCGGCGGGUGGCAGCCCGGGGCGCCCUUACGCCAACACACCCGUGCUGUCGGCUCCCAAAAACGGCGAUGGGGCCAAGCGGAGCGCCAAAGAGACAGGGUACGCGCGGCCCAUCUUCGCCGCCGGUGUGCGGGCAUCCAGCGACAGCCUCAACAGCGUUACCAGCGCCGACGGCUACGGCAACCGCGGCAAAACGGAACCCUCAUCAGAGCCGCUCUACUCCUCGGAUGACGCCGACAGGUGCUGCGUCUACAGGAAGUAUCCAGCUGACCUGGCGCACAAGAUCCGCAGCGUCAACCACAUGGAGGACGACGACGGCGCUGAGGUGGACACACCCAUCAACUACAGUCUCAAGUAUUCGGACGAGCAGCUGAAUUCCGGGCGGCAGAGUCCUAGCCGCCGCCGCGGGGCUGAGACAGACGAGGACAGGGAGCGGGCCGGGACGAGGGGUGAGGACGCACGUGUUCCCCCCACACCGCCACUGCGCUAUGCGCCCGCCGCGCCCGCCUACGGAGAUGCUGCUGAUCGGCCCGUCGACUACAGCCUGAAAUUCGGCGAGCCGCGAGACUCUGCCCCGCCCCCGGCCUCCUCGGCUGGUAAGGCUCGCCCACCACCCAAGGCGCAGCGGGAGUCCACGCAAACGUACUGCGUGGAAGACACACCCAUCUGCUUCUCCGGUGGAAGUUCGCUCUCUUCGCUGUCGCCCGAAGAAGAGGAGGACGAGGCGAGGAAGACGCCGGGCGGAGCCGACCACCGGCGGCGACAGCGCAAGGAAGUGGAGAGCCAGACGGCCGCCACUGCACCACCCGCACGACGUCGCGCCCACCACCACGCUCACCACGGCCACCACCAGCAGGGGACGUCGGGCGCCCGCACCCCUAAGAGUCCGCCAGAGCAGCCGUAUGCUCAGGAGACGCCGCUGAUGUUCAGUCGUUGCACUUCGGUCAGCUCCCUUGACAGCUUCUCCACUUCGUCCAUCGCCAGCUCGGUGCGCUCCAGCGAGCCGUGCAGCGGCACACCCAGUGGCGUGGUCAGCCCCAGCGACCUGCCAGACAGCCCCGGGCAGACCAUGCCCCCCAGCCGCGCUAAGACGCCCCUCCCACCGCCGCCACCCCCUCCUCUCCCCACCGAGAGCGCCCGGGAGGAAACGAAAGAGACGGAGGAAAGCGGCGGCGCCGACGUCAUGCUGCACUUUGCUACCGAGAGCACGCCACAUGGCUUCUCCUAUGCCUCCAGCCUGAGUGCGCUCAGUCUGGAGGAGCCUGAACGGGAGGACGGUGAGCGCCGGGAGGAAGCGGCGCCGCAGACCCUGCGGGAGUCCGACGACGACGAUGAUGACACUCAGAUCCUGGAGGCGUGCAUCAACAUGGCCAUGCCGCCGCGCAAAGCCGAAAAGCAGCCGCGAAGUGGCAAAGGCGGGCAACUGCCCGUCUAUAAGCUCCUCCCCCAACAGAGGAAGGAGCCGCCCCCCGCCGAAGAGGUCCCGCGCGUCUACUGCGUGGAGGGAACGCCGCUCAACUUUUCCACUGCCACGUCUCUUAGCGACCUAACCAUAGACUCGCCGCCCGAUGUGGAAGCGCCCCGUGGCGGACACCCGGAGGGGGAGAAUGGCGACGACAUCUUGGCUGAGUGCAUCAGUGCCGCCAUGCCCAAACCCAAAGCCGGCGGAAAGGAGGCGCUCCGACCGGCUGCAGCAGCCCCGUCUCUUUUCAAGAAACCCACCGGACGGGCAGCGGCCAAGCCCACAUCGCCGGUCAAGCCCACGCAACGCGCGGCCAAGGUCAAGCCGGGCUUCGCCUCUGACUCCCCGCACCGCUACACGCCUAUUGAGGGAACGCCGUGUUGCUUUUCCCGCAACGACUCGCUCAGCUCGCUGGACUUUGACGACGACGACAAGGGCGAAGAGGACGGCAAGCGGCGGGAGAAAAAAGCAGCGGCAGUCUUCCCUCAGAGCCGAGCCCCAGCCAACCCGCCCGUCAUGGACGAGAAGCAGAAGUUUGCCAUCGAGGACACGCCCGUCUGCUUCUCCAGGAACUCUUCCCUCAGUUCGCUGAGCGACAUCGACCAGGAGAACAACAACAACGAGUUCGCCGCUCCCCGUGACGACGGCGGCAACCAGGCCGAGCCGCUUCCUAGUAAAGCACGCGUGUGCAAUUACGCGCCCAAAGCCUUCCACGUGGAGGACACGCCCGUCUGCUUCUCCAGAAACUCAUCGCUUAGCUCACUCAGUAUCGACUCCGAAGACGACCUCCUGCAGGAAUGCAUUAGCUCUGCCAUGCCCAAGAAGAAGAAGAAGAAUGCCGCCGCCCCUGCGCCGCUUCCGGCUGCCCCCGCUGCGCCUCCUCCCGUCACCGCCGCCCCCAUUCUGCCUCCCGCCACCGUGACCCCGCCAGUCCCCACGCCCAAAGAGGACACGGACAUUCUGGCCGAAGAGGAGCCUCCGACGGUCCCGCGAAGCCCCGCCUCCCCAGACUCGGAAUCAUUCGAUUGGAAGGCCAUUCAAGAAGGUGCCAACUCCAUCGUUAGCAGCCUCAAUGCCGCUGCCUCCCCAUCGCUGUCCCGCCAAGGUUCGUCUGACUCUGACUCGGUGCUGUCCCUAAAAUCGGUGGGUUCGCCCUUCCGCCUGCCACCGCCCGCUAGCGACGUCCCUGACGAGGGGGCGGAAUCCAAGCGAGGCGCCAGGGUGGUCAAACCUUCCGCGGACGACAAAAAGGAGGAAGGGGAGGAACUCAAGGCGGUGAGAGGAGGGAAAAAGGUGUACCGGAGUCUGGUCACCGGCAAGCCCAGACCUGAUCUAGCUGCCAGGGGGAGGAGCAAGCCCAGAGCGCCCCCCGCUGCCGCCAAAGCACCGGGGAGUGGUGAAUCCUCUCGGGAUUCCACGCCGUCUCGCUCCUCUCAAAGAGGGGGGAGGCCCUCGCAGCUGCCGCGUACAGUGUCGCCGGCCAACCAAAAAGCGGGCGGCAAAACUGGGGCGGCGGCCCGGGUUGUGGCCAACGUCCCAAAGAAGGACAAAGCGGAAGCAGAGAAACCCGCGCUUGUGCGUCAGUCCACUUUUAUCAAGGAGGCGCCCAGUCCCACGCUCAAGAGGAAGCUGGAAGAGUCCGGUGCGACGUCCGGUCGCCAGGACGCGACCCGUUCUCAAUCGGAGAGUCCCUCGCGGCCUCCAGAUGCCGCGUCCUCGCGCCUGAGUCGCACUGGAACCUGGAAGCGCGAGAGCAAACACUCGGGCUCGCUGCCCCGCGUGGGAACAUGGAAGCGGACGGGCAGCUCAUCCUCGGUCCUCUCGGCCUCCUCUGAGUCCAGCGAGAAGGGACCCGGCGAGGAAGAUGCACCCCGGGGUGCCUGGCGGCGGGCCAAAAGUGCCGGUGCCGGAGAGAGCCAGGAAGUGUGGGUGCGUCUGGAGGACUGCCCCGUCAACAACCCGCGCUCGUCAUCCUCCUGCUCGGCCCCGUCCCCCAAGGCGCCGCCCGUCAUCUCCAAAAUACCCUCUUCUUCCAACCUCAACCUGCGCCGCAGCUGCGACAGCUUGGACGAGAAAGCGCCUGGGCAGCGGCCGGCGCAGCGUAGCGGUGCGGUGGCCGCCAGGGUCAGCCCCUUCAACUACACGCCCAGCCCCAGGAAGAGCAACCCCGCUGACAACGGCGCCUCGUCCGCCCCCGGCGUGUCGUCGGCCCCGCGCCCCUCCCUCAUCCCCACUCCGGUGACCAAGAAGCGGGAGCCCAAGGGCGGCGAAGGCAGUGGCAACGGUGGCGGGGGCGGCUCCUACAUAGUCACAUCCGUAUGA